AUGUCCACUACACUUAAUGAGUUAAGCUUGGUUCAAGUGCUGGAACAAGCAAGUAACCCACAACAUCUCAGAUCUGAAGUCCAAAAAUUAGCUGAACAGCAGCUAAAGCAGUGGGAAACUCAUUCUGGAUUCCAUUACUUACUACAGUCAAUAUAUCUUAAUUUAUCAAAUUCUUUGCAAAUUAGAUGGUUGGCAGUGAUUCAGUUCAAGAAUGGCGUAGACAAAUACUGGAGAUCUACCAGGAUUAACGCUAUACCAAAGGACGAAAAGGCCUCUAUAAGAGGUCGCCUUUUUGAAAUGAUCGAUGAACAAAAUAAUCAACUUUGUAUCCAAAAUGCUCAGGCUGCAGCAAGGAUUGCCAGGCUAGAUUUUCCUGUAGAUUGGCCAAACCUGUUUGAAGAUCUAGAGAACCUACUGAAUAAUGAUGCCAUUAGGAAUGAUUCAAUCAAAGUGCACAAUAUAUUAAUGCAUAUAAACCAAAUUGUUAAAGUGUUAGGCACAGCAAGAAUAGGGAGAUGCAGACCAGCAAUGCAAAGCAAAAUCCCCUUAAUAUUUCCACUAAUUGUAAGAAUCUACUUACAAUCAUUCGAAGAAUGGACAACAUCCUCAAAUCUCAACUAUGAAAACCUCUCCAGUUUACAGGUUUCUUACCUAUCUCUGAAAGUAAUAAGAAGAAUGAUCUGCGAGGGAUAUGAGCGCCCACAGAUCGAUCAAUCUGUGUGCGAUUUUAUUAAACUAUCCGUCUCACAUUUUGAAAUGUUAAUUUCAAACCAUGAAAACUUCAGAAAAUUUGACAUUUACGAAAAAUUUAUUAAAUGUCUGGGCAAAUUAUAUUUUAAUUUAGUUACCGGAUCUCCAGCAAAUUUUAUAUUACUCCCAUGCUCUACUCAAAUUUUGAUUAGUUAUACCAGGUUAAUUUUUGAUAAGGCCCCUAAAGUAUAUAGAGAAAAUUCUGAUGUUACAGGAGACUUUUGGGAACAAACUGCGAUCAGAGGGCUUUUAAUUUUGAAAAGAGUCAUCAAUUUCAUUCACAAAAAGGGUGCAAUUACUUUAAAAGCAAGGAGUGAUAAGUUAACUAUAGAUGCUUCUAUCAACAAGAUAAAUACAGAGUUCUUGAAUGACAAUUUGAUAACCAGGCUAGUUGACACUUUAAUGGAAUGGUAUUUGAGAUUAAGACCCACUGAAUUGGAAAGUUGGUUUAUGGACCCAGAAGAGUGGAUUAAUGAACAAAUGGCUACGAGCUAUGAAUACCAAAUUAGGCCUUGUGCAGAAAAUGUUUUCCAAGACUUAAUAAAUACCUUUUCUGAACUGUUAGUUCCAUAUUUAUUAGAAAAAAUUGAGAAUGAUGCUUCCAAACUUUCAAAUUCAUUGGACGAUUUCUUGAAAAAAGAUGCUAUUUACGCAAGUUUCCAAUUGAGUGCAUCUGCCGUCAGUGAAAUGGUAGAUUUUGACAGAUUGUUGGUCCAGGUUUUCUUGCCAGAAACUACAAAUGCAAAUAUAUCAGGUGACGAACUUAGAAUAAUCAGAAGGAGGGUUGCCUUGAUUAUUAAUGAAUGGUCUACUGUGAAGUGUUCAGAGGAGUCUAAAAAUUUAUGCUACAAGCUGUUCACCAAUUUCUUAAUGAAUGAGGAUGACAAAGUUGUUUUGUUAACCACAGUUCAAACAUUAAGAACUAUGAUCGAUGAUUGGAAUUUCAAUAAGGACACUUUCCAGCCAUAUUUAAACGAGAACGUUCAUUUGCUGUUAAGAAAGAUCUUACCGUCCGUGUCAUUAACAGAAACAAGGUUGUAUGUUUUAAACACCUUGAGUGACAUCAUAAUUCAAACAAAACCAUUGAUCAGCAGGGAUUUGUUGGUCGAAAUACUGCAAAUAAUACCAAAUCUUUGGGAAAUAGCAACAAACAACGCAAGCGAAGCUAUUUUAGCAAACGCAUUAUUAAGAUUAUUGAGACAUUUGGUAUCAUCUUUGGGACCACAAUCGUACUUAACGUGGGAUAUCGCUGUACCUGUAGUUGCAUUAUCGUGUGAUCCGUCUUCUAUGCAAUAUCAAUUGUUAAGCGAAGAUGGGUAUGAACUAUGGGGCAUGCUUUUACAAAACUUUUCAUCUCAAGAACAAGAACUCGACGAUAAAUUCACUGAGUUGAUACCAUUUUUGAAAUAUGGUGUUGAAACACACUCAGAAAUACUACCAACUUUACUGGAAAUCAUCAAAAGUUAUGCAUUAAUUUUGAAUUCUGAACAAUUCUUCGCAAACAUCACGUUCCAAGAUAUUUUUAAACAAAUGUCUAAAUAUCUUUUAAAAUUAAGAGAAGAUUCGUUUCAAUUAGUGCUGGAAAUUUGGGAAAUUUUGAUACUAUCGAAUGAGUCAGAUUACGAGAACCUCUUAUUGCAGAAUUUUUUCGAGACUGGAGUAUUGUCGGCUUUAUUUGACGCCAUAUUUUUGGAGGAAGCUCCUUCAUCAUAUUUGUGUUCCCAAAUAAUUCAAGUUGUCGCCAGGAUCUCCUACGUAAAUCCAGAUGCCUUAAUGAAUUUUCUAGGUGCCUAUCAUGAAAACUUGCCAAGUUCUAGUGAAAACGCACACUUGCCAGAAUCCAUGAGAAAAAUUGUAUCCAAGGACCAACCGUAUGAUCUUGUUGUGAACAAGCUUCUUGCUGGAUGGAUUGUAUGCUUUAGGGACAUAUUUGACCCCAAAUUCAAAAAAGUUCAUAUUUUAGGCGUCUCGAGCUUAUUAAGGACCGGCUUGGUUCCUAUUUUAACAGAGUUUUCAUCAAUUGCAUCUUUAUGGAUCGAAAUGCUGGAAGAAAUCAACGAGACUAAUCGUGGAGACUGUGAAAAAUACCACUUAAAUGAUAUUGUCACAGAACAGUCGCUUGCCUUCCAUCCUUUAACUACCGAGCAACUAAGGUAUCAUGAACUAUGCAAAAGCAAUGAUCCCGUACACAACAUAAGUAUAAAAGAUUUUAUUUCCCAAACAAUGGAAUAUCUGGAAUCACAUCUGGGAGUGGAAAGGUAUCAAGAAUUCUUGAAAACUAUCAACCCCAGCUUGUUAGAAAACCUACAGAUGUUUUUAUCCAUCCGACCACAAGAGCAUCAUUCAUAG